AUGCUGUCUUCUCGCGGCACAAGAUGUGCAGCGAUAUCGGAUAUUCCCUGGCGGUACGCACUGAGGCAGUCGUACAAUAAGGAUACCAAUCCUGAUGGGUUGAUAUCUUUUGCGCUCGCAGAGAACAUCCCCAUGCGGAAGGAGAUCGUAAAGUAUAUCAAUGAAAAGGUUACAUUUACGGAAGACUCGGUCAGCUACGGCCCCAAGCCUGCAACGACACCACGCUUGCUGGCCGCGCUGGUCGCUCAUCUGCAGAGAAACUUCCAUCCUGUCACGCCGGUGGAUCCCCAAAACAUCCUCAUUGCAAACAACCCGACCUCUCUGGGGAGCAUGCUGGGCAUCACGCUGGCCGAGCCCGGGGACGGCAUCCUAGUCAGUCGUCCCAUGUACGGCCGAUUCGAGCUCGACUACGGCCUCGAGGCUGGUGUCAACAUCGUCUAUGCCGACACGGAUCCAGAGGAGGCCUUUUCCAGCGCCGUGGUCGACAAGUACGAAAUCGCGCUGAAGGAGGCCGAGAGACGGGGCCAGAAAAUUCGGGCUGUUCUGCUCGUGAAUCCGAAUAAUCCUGUCGGACGAUGUUACCCAGUAGAGACACUGAAAGCGAUCCUUCGCUUCUGUAAACAGCACCAGAUCCAUCUGAUAAGCGACGAGGUGUACGGCAUGUGCGGCUUCGAUUCCGGGUCCCCGGACGCCGUGCCGUUCACCUCCAUCCUGUCAAUCGACUUGUCAGGAUUGAUUGAUCCGAAUCUGGUACAUAUGCUGUAUGGAUUCAGCAAGGACUUUGCAUCCGGCGGUCUCCAUCUCGGCUUCCUGAUCUCACAGAACAAAAAGCUUCUUCAAGCAUGCACUGCUCUCUUGUCUGUGGCUCCUUCGAUUGUUCUACAUAAGAACGUACAAAAGAAGGUGACAAGAUUGUGUACUGACCUCAUGGCCGAUGGUCUUAUAGAAGAUUCCACGCGUCUGGCAGCGUCGUAUCGGCUCGUGACGUCGAUUCUCGACAGGGAAGGAAUCCGAUAUGUCAAGGGAGGUAACGCCGGUUUCUUCAUCUACAUCGAUCUCUCACCCUAUCUUCCGUCGUCGUACUCGGAAGAAGAAGAGCCGCUCUCGACGACAACUUCAACGUCAUCAAGACAACCCACAGACCAGCAGGCAACGAAAGCCGAGUUCGCCCUCGCGCAGCGACUGCUCGACGCCGGAGUCUUCCUUCAUCCGGGCGAAGAGCACGGCCCGAAGCGGGGGUGGUUCAGACUGGUCUUUUCGCAGGAAGAGGACGUUCUUCGCAAAGGGCUUAAUAGGAUGAUCAAGGCAUUGAAGGGUUAG